AUGCUUCCAAGCAGGGUUAUUGAUAUUCCUAGGCAGCACCUGACCCCGUUGGAGCUUGCGAUCACAGAGAGCAGUCCCGAAGCGCUUGUGGUUUCACUUGCGGCAGGAAAAUGGACUGCAACUUCUGUGACAAAAGCAUUUCUUCGACGCGCGGCAAUGGCCCAAAGGCUUACCAAUUGUAUCUACGAGCUUUUGCCCGACCAAGCCAUUUCGCAGGCCAGAAAUCUCGAUGACUAUUUUGCAGAGCACGGAAAGCCCUCAGGGCCUCUGCACGGACUGCCGAUCAGUGUCGAAGCACACACAGGGCUCAAGGGACGCGAUAAGGCUGCAGGAUUUGUCGGCUGGCUAGGUCGCAAGAGCACAGAGGAUGCAAGCGUGGUGAAAAUCCCCUUGGAGGCGGGUGCGGUCAUCUAUGCGAGAACCACUGAGCCACAAGGACUGAUGGCGCUUGAGUCUCGCAGCAAUAUCACUGGAACCACCACCAACCCUCAUAACACGGCUACCUCGGCCGGUGGUCCAUCAGGGGGAGAAUCGGCGUUGAUCGCCCUUCGCGGUAGUCCCCUCGGAAUCGGCUCGGACAUCGGUGGGAGUAUUCGUUCUCCUGCUGCGAACUGUGGUCUCUAUGGCCUCAAGCCUUCAACCGGUCGACUGCCGUUCAUUGGCAUUUCCGCAUAUGCCAUCGGCUGUGAAACCAUUUUGGGAGCGAUUGGCCCUAUGUCUUCGACCCUUGGUGGAAUCGAUCUAUUCACGAAGACCGUGCUCGGGUCAAAGCCCUGGCUCAGCGACCCACUCCUUCAUCCAAUUCCCUGGCGAGACCAUGAGUCCCAUAUACAUCAGGAUGGAAGGAAUCUUGUUGUUGGAGUCAUGUGGAGUGAUGGCACAGUCACCCCUGCACCAGCAGUGACAAGAGGCCUAACAGAGGUUGUUGAGCGAUUGAAGUUGGUCCCUGGAAUUGGAGUCAUCGAGUGGAAGCCAUUUCAGCAGAAGGCAGCUCUUGAGAUCCUGCUCUAUACUCCAGAUGGCGGCGAGGCAUUCAGGCGCCAUCUUGAGCUCUCCGGCGAACCCUAUGCACCACUCACAGCCUGGACCAUGCGCGAUGCCCCUGGUAUCGAGAAGCUCAGUUUCCAGGGCGUGUGGGACUGGACCUUUAAGCGCGAAGUCUUCCGCUACACGUAUUUGCAGGCUCCAGAGAUGGACGUCAUCCUAUGCCCUGCGUACCCCAUCCCUGCACCUCUACAUGACACUUCUCGAUACUGGGGUUAUACCUCCAUCUGGAAUCUGCUAGAUUACCCAGGAGUCGUGUUCCCGGUGACCAAGCUUGAUCCGGAGAGAGACGACAAGGACAUCACAUAUAUACCUCGGAACGAAUUUGACAGCUGGUGCUAUGAAAAUUACAACCCGCAAAGGCAGAGGGACGUCCCUGUCUCCUUGCAGUUGGUUGCAAAGCGACUGGAAGAAGAGAAACUUUUGCAAGCUUUGAAGGAGAUCAAGCAUAAGAUUGGGUUGCCCUUCGUGGACUGCCUGGCUUGA